GGUAGUGUAGUUGAUUGAACUCAAAGUAGGUAUGGUUAUGCACAAGCAAGCGAAUUUAUACCAGUUAAUCACGAGAAAUAAUACGCUUUACAUAUACAUUUUGUUAAAAAGUAAAAAACGUACUUUCGGCGAUAUCGUUGCGAGUUUUACAUGAUAAAACUAAGCAACUGUCAGUAGGCAAUUGACGUUCCCCGACAAAGCAAGCACAGCAAACGCAUGUCAGAUGGCUAGCUAGUUAGCUAGGAAGUUACUAGGCGCCCUAAUGGUUAGGUAAGACAAGCUUUAAUAUUAAUAAUGAGUUGAAGUCAUACGAGGUUCGGAUCUGCACGGUUUACUACAAAUGAAUAUGGGAAUCGAAUGAUUAUAGAAAACCAUAAAAAUCUAAAUAUGGAAACAAAAAGAGAGAAUGUCGUCAGGCCGAUAGAUCCAGCGAAUUUCCUUACAGAGGAGACCGGCUCCGAAGAGAAAAGUCCGGGAUGUUUCAGCAUUGAUUUCACGGUGGCCGUUGUACUUCCAGCCGGUGGAUCUGGAGAGAGAACAGGACUGUCGACACCAAAACAGUUCUGCACGUUUCUUAACAGACCGUUGAUAAGCUACACUAUUCAAGCCUUUGAGAGAAUAGCUUGGAUUGAAAAUAUUGUUGUUGUCGUUGCCAAAGAUAGCAUUGAUCUGAUGGUGAAUAUUAUUCAGCAGUUUGGUCACAAAAAAGUAAAAGUGGUCCUGGGGGGAUCAACUAGACACAGGUCCAUUUUCAACGGACUGCAGGCCUUCGGAGAAAGCGAAGAGGAAUCGGCACUGAAAAAGCCAAAAGUGGUCAUUAUCCAUGAUGCAGUCAGGCCAUUUGUUGAAGAGGACUUCCUUCUCAAGAUAGCAAUUGCAGCUAAGCAACAAGGGGCUUCUGGAGCUAUAAGACCUCUUGUGUCUACGGUGAUUGCUACAACAUCUGAGGGCUACUUGGAUCAUUCUCUGGAGAGAGCCAAAUACAGAGCAAGUGAGAUGCCCCAGGGCUUCCUCUAUGAUGUCAUCCAUCAGGCUUAUGUACAGUGCAGUGAGACGGAUUUUGAGUUUGGGACAGAGUGUCUCCAUCUGGUCCUGCAGUACUGUGGUACCAAUGCCAGACUCAUCGAGGGCCCACACACGCUGUGGAAGGUGACCUACAAAAAAGAUCUUUUGGCUGCUGAAUCAAUAAUUAAAGAGACGCUUGCGCAGACGGCCUGUGUUGUCGCAGGUCAGUGUGAGGAAUCCUCCAGGUUAGCGGGGGCCCUGCAGAAAACGCUGGGAUCUCAGGACAUGCAUGUGGACAUCGUGCCGACUUCACUGAGAAGAAGCAGCGCGUUCAUAUCAAAGACCUGGAACUUUGUCCAUGUCACUGUUAAUUCCGCGGGCUUGGCUGAUGUAGAAGAGCUGGUGAAGACAUUUGAGGAGACUGCUCAUUCAGUUCUGUAUUCAGUUGUUCUGAUUUUGGUUCAUCUAGACGUGUCGGAGCAGACCUCUGCCAGCGAGAGGAUGGCAGCACUGGGUGGCAUCAGGAGCCUUGCAGCGGAAGCAAAAAGGAAAAAUAUUUUGCUUUACGGCAUCCUGCUCAAUCCCGUAAAGGAUGCAGGACAGUGGGAAGAGGCUGUGGAGAACCUGUCCCAGAUCAUCAGUGCCCUCAUCAAGGAGCGUAGCCCUGCCCUGGCCGGACAGCUGCUGUGGGUGUAGAGUGCUUCAGUCCCCCUGUUUAGCUGCCUCGCUUUGAAGAAACAUUUCUCCUUUUUGCUAGGCGCGUUAGUUCUAUACCCUACGGAAUAAACUGCCAGCUUGCUGGAGUGCGUCCAAACUGUGCAACAAGACCGGUGCUUUACAUAUAGUAUAUGGUUACAUAUGUGACUUUAUGCACUACUGUUGGAAAGCUGUCAUAUUGAAGUAUUAUUAAAAGACUACAUUUCAUAACA